UGUACAGCUGUAUUGGGUCACAGAGACAGAGGGCCAGAGGGAGUUACAGAGACGUGUUUACCCGUCCUGGAACGUUGUGGACUUUGGUCCGGUUUUGAAACCUCCGAUAUCUGACUGCGGGCUGGCUUCCCCCAUUGGAUCACAGACAGCUACCGUGCUCCCAGGAGAGAGGAAAAGAGACCUCACCUCAGUCACCAGAGACAAAGGAUUGAUUCGUUGGAGAAUGAAGAUUCUCUUGGUCUUCCUCCUUUCCUAUUGGACGAUCUUCCAGAAUGCUGCGUCAGUGAGCAGUCCAGAAUUAUCUGAGAUAACCUUCCAGGAUAUUAAAGAUGCCAUCGAUAAGACAAAGGAAAUAGAUUCAAAAGUCUCUCGACUGGAAGAAGAGGUGUCCACCCUUCGAAACUACGUGCCCAGCGUCAUUUUCCAUGCACAGGUUUCCGAAGGUGGCAACCCAGUCGGCCCGACAAAGCUCAUUUACGACCGGGUUGAUAUCAACAACGGCCAAGCAUACGACGCCAGCUCUGGGAACUUCAUCGCCCCCAUGAAUGGGAUCUUCUACUUCUCCUACUCCCUGCUCGGCCAGAAACAGUCCCUGGACUCCAUGGUGCAGCUAAUGAAGAAUGGGGUGGCUCAGAGCUACAUCCAUAGCAUAUUGCAGCAUGGCCAGGCACAAACUGCUUCUAUGUCCAUCAUCCUGCCCCUUGUCAGGGGAGACAUCGUGUGGGUGGAGCUGCUGCAGGGAAUCACUUGGAGUGAAAUGAGUUCUAUGUACUUCCAGGGCUUUCUCUUACAGAGAACUUGAAGUCCCACUGUUGGUUGGGUAUACAGGGUCCCACCAGGCCCAUUGGCAACCCUUUCCUUCCAUCUGACAUACCCUCCCCAUUCCCAUUGCCAAAAUCUCCUCGACCUUCCCCUCCCAUCAUCAACUCUCCCCUCAGGUUCUCCCACUCUCCUGAAGACAUUUGCCUAAUUCUCCCAGGACAUCCUGACAGAUAUCAGCACUGAAACCUCCCCAUUCUAAAGUUCCCCUGAUCUCUCACAACCUCCCCAACUCACUCAGAACUCAUUCUUCCUGGUUAUCUCCACUGCACAGCUACCAUGCCUGACCCCACCCGCCCACCGAUCACACUUCCUCCUGGAUCCUGAAUCCCUCCCUUCCUGUCAAAGCCCACGCUCUUAACUCUUAUUUGGUCUCCAGUGCUCCCUUUUAAUCUAUCUCCCACUUCCUCACCUGACUCAGAAUGACUCCUCCUCUCUAAUCCCAGCCCCACCGCUCAUGCUUAAUACUUUUACCUCUGACCCCUCCUAAUUACUACCACCCCAAUCUAACCCAGACCCUUUAACACCGUUUCACCGGAAUGAUGGAGCAGACUCGAUGGGCUAAAUAGUCUAAUUCUGCUUCUAUCUCAUAUCGGCUCCACCCAAACCAGACACUUUCUUUUAUUACCAUCCCCUUUAAGA